AUGACAUCUCCAUCUUUUGCAGACACGAUGGAAGCAUUGACAAAUCGAGACCUUCCGAGGCCUCCCAAUACGAGUAAACUUCAUCGUACGCCUUGUAUAAAGCGCAAAUCUGUAAACCUAAGUAUCUCUCCAGGGCAUGGUUCUUUUAAUGGCUCUUCUGUUGACUUAGGUUCAAGCGAUAACAGCUCUGGUGGCUUUUCUCGUCGAGGUCAUUUUGAUUUCAUAUCUCCUCGAAGUGAAGGCAAGUUUAGGAAACCAUUUGCUCGCCUACUUGGGAAGCCGUUUGAUGCAUCUGUUCCCUUCGUUUCUCAGCACCGAAGAUACUUUUCUGAGGGAUCCUUUCAAUUACCACAGUCAAAGGCACACUCAAUGAAUUCUGAAAAUUCACCAAUUGGUAAACAUUACGGAAAUAUCCCUCGACGCCCACCUUCUGAUGCUGGUACAAACAAAAAAAGAUACUUCAGUCUUGGCUCGAUGACUUCGACGCGCAGACUCUCAGAUACAAAUAGUGAGCGAACAUUAACAAACUCUACAGCUUCUCCGUAUUCUUUACCAAUUUCCAGUUCAGGUCCUUCGGAUAAGGAGGAUAGCUCUAGUACAACACUUACACACUUUCCUUCUUCUUACUCCUCUAACACAUCUUUUCUUUCUCCUAACGGAUCUCCUACUUUGCGGAGCAAAUAUGAUUCUCCGCUGGUAAAUUCCGUCAAUUCAAAGGAUGAUUUUGGCUCAGACUUUCAGUUGGGUAGUUCGCUGCCUCCUACUCCUACAAGCCUUAGUGAUGGACACAAUGGCCAUGUGAAUGUGAAAGCGCUACCUCCUGAUUAUAAACGUAUAAAGAAAAGGGCAAAUCUUAUACAAGAAUUGGUGACGACGGAAGCCAACUAUCUUAAUGAUUUAAUUGCAAUUCAACAGUGUUAUGGUUUACGCGUUCAUGAAUGCAAUGCUCUCAAUACUAUUGAUAUUCAAACUGUGUUUGGCGAUAUUGAACCGCUUCUUACUUUCUCAGUCGAUUUUCAUUAUCGAUUAUAUAAGGGAGGUGAAGGGGCUUGGAAUAUAAAUGAAAACACAAAGCUUUUUGACCCUCUUCCUUGUAACCUUGGACUUGUUUUUCUUGAAAGCCUGACAGAUAUCAGUCAAAUUUAUUCGGGUUACUGUAAUCGACAAGAUGCCGUUUUCAGAAUCAUAACAAAGUGGAGAGAAAAACCUGCGGUCUCAACUUGGGUCACAGAAGGGGAUUGUAUGGUUCAACAAUAUACAAAUGCUUGGGAUUUGGGUAGCUUAAUUAUCAAACCACUUCAACGUCUUUUGAAGUAUCCUUUGUUGCUUCAAAAGAUUAUUGAUACUACCCCAGAGAGUAAUCCCGAGCAUCCUGAUCUUGUUUUAUCUUAUCAGCUUUUGCAAGAGCUAAUUGCCAAUAUUAAUCAAAAACAAAAACCCUCUCAUAAACGUGGCUCGUUAAGUGCAUCACAUAAACGUGAUGCUGGAUGGGCACUAUUAAAUAAAUCUUCACACAGCAAGUCAAGGUCCGCGAGCAGCUAUGAUUUCCGUAAUGAUCGACGCUAUAAUUUUCAGCGAAAUGUGCUUCAGGAUUUGCGAAGAAAGGUUGCAGUGGUUAAGGCUCUUCAAUCUAGUAUCGACGUAUGGUAUGUUAAUGUUUUAGAAGGGUUCUCGGUUUUUGAAAGAAUUCUGGCAAACCUAGAAGCCGUGAGCAAUGUGGAUUCCGAAGAAUCACCCGAGGCUUGGCGGAAAUUCCAUCUUCUUGCUCUUAUGUUGAAAUCGAAUACGGCAUCUCAGAUAGAACCUCAAAUAAAAGCGGAUGUUCAGGAACCGGCAGCGCAUAUGGUAAAAAUGAUGCAAAAGGUGAUACAAUAUAUCGUCUCUGCGGAGUUUAUUAUCUCGUCUGAGAAAUUAAAAGAUCUUCAGGAUUGCAUCGACAGCGGAUUUCAUUCUGUGUUCUUGAACUUAUAUAGGAUACAGUGUUCUAUAUAUCAAAGCUACGCCGAAAACAUGAUAUUCCUUAUACCAGAAUCACUAAGAUUAAGCAUUAUUGAGGAAAGUAACGACUUCGCAGCAUUGGUACGUGCAUUUGAACCGAUGCAUUACGAAGACCAACAAUGCCUGGAGGAAUCCAUGAAGAAGCUGGCUUUUUCUCAAAAUCUAUAA